AUGAGCGCUGUUGUAGAUUCUAUCUCCGAGGCUGUCCUCCCUCCACCUUCGACCCCACCAGGAGGGAAGAAGGAUCAAGGUAAAGCUGAUGUCAGCUCUGGUCCGGGUGGCAAACCUGACACCGUCUCUCCUACUGCUACUUUGGUCGAUACCUCCUCUUCGUCUAUACUCACCCGAGUCGAUACACCUCAUCCUGAAAGAUCGACGCAAGGUGAUACUCGAAGAGUUUCAAUCUCUGCUGCGAGUCCCAUCGUCGCUAAUUUCACUCCCGAAAGACGACCUCGUCAAUUAUAUCAAUACGAGGAGCAGGAACCACACAACCUAUCCGACUCGGAACACUCAGACGAUGGGAACGAACCUCUUCUCAAUCCUUAUCGACCUGUCAACCCCGAUAACACUUUCGAUAGUACCGCUACUUCCGGUUCAGAUGUCAACAUGACCACUAUUUCCAGCUCAGCCCCUGAAGUUUCCUUUGGUCCGCAAGAGGUACCUUUCCCACUCCGUCAAAGAGAAACUCAUGUCGAUGCCCAUAGUACACCUAGUCGACCUCCAACUCAAACUUACCAACCUAGAUUCAGGACUACAGAUGCCCCUCCUGUGGUCAUAAGACCCAUCACUACCGAGAAGAUACAACCCACUUCCAGAUCUGUCACAACAGCUACCGCAGUGGUCUCAAGUGGCGAUGACUACGACUCCAAACUUCUCUCCACUUGGAGGCGAGAACAGAUCAAGACCACAUGCACCGCAAAAUUGAUGGCCGGUACCACUCCAAGACCCAUUCCUACCCUUCAUGGGCCUUUGUCCCUACCUUACGCCAGAAAUCCAAGUGGUGUCGACGCCACAGUGGCCGACGAAUCAGCUUAUCUCUCUCACGUAUUUGGUCUUCGAGCUGCUGGAGGUAUGACCCUCAAUGAUGCUGGUGUCAAAACUGCCGCAAGACGGGUAUCUUCCGGUACUCACAGCAGCGGCACUACAACAAGUCGAUCUGCCUCGGGCUCGAGUGGUUUGGGAAACACCACCAAAAGCAGUCAAGAUCGAAGUGUUCUGACAGAAGGUAGCAGCUAUACCACCGCUGGUGGUACCCAUCAUGCAAGACCCAUCGUCAUCCGAGAUCCAUACCAGAACAUUGGUAUCAAAAUUAAAGGCGUUCCUCCUAAAGAAGGUCCAGCAGUACCUCUGAUCAGGGAUUCGAGGACCAGCACUACCGAAGACAAGGAGAACCUCGAUCCUUCCUCCAGCAAACUCCGAAGAAGGGCAUCCGAGACGUCUCUUCUCGAACCCAGGAUUGGUGACGCUGUCAUCGGUCCUUCUCGAUCCCAAGUCAACCUUCGCGAUCUGACUAAUCUUUCUCCCAUUCCUGGCUCACCCGCAGAGAGUGCUGCCCGAGAUCCUUUCCGAGUACUUUACAACAGAGCCCUUACUAGUGGCGUCCAUGAUUCGAAUACCGAAGGUCUUCUUCCGGUGCAUCCUGAAGCGACUCAUUCUGGUGCUAUCAAACUUCCGACUUUGGUGCCCAUCUAUUUCAACCCUACUUCAAUGACUUACGAGGUGGCUGUUCCUCAACGAAGCUCCUAUGAAGAUCUACAUAUCAAUACACCGCUUGGUGUGGUGACGCCUCAAACCCUUAAAACCUCUCACGCUUCCACUGUUCAACCCAGCAAAGCUGACAGUAGCGAUAACUGGAGAAAGAAAGGGGAGAACGCCGACACCGACCAAGCAAGCCGAACUGGGCUGGUCGUACCUGCCAACACACCCACAGCUACACAAGAGAACAAUGCGGAUGAUAAAGGUUCUACUGCCGAAGGAGAUGUCAUGACGAUUGAUACUCUGUUCGAGAAAUUCCAUACGACUGAUGAACAGCCCGAAGGAUCUACGGACCCCACAGCAAGCGUGGCUUGCCAGGCUUCUAAUAAAAGAGAAUCCGCCAAGCAACCGGGACUGAAGUCAUCUAAGAGCAAUCCCGCAUCUCCUAAAGGCACUUCAGUCAAUGUCCUUGGUGAAAGUACCAAGAAGCUCAAUGCCGAUGCUCCGCCUUAUUCACCUUCCAAGACUGAAAAGCAUACCAGCUCUACCAAGAAGAGGCCUUCGUCACCCAUCACCACCAAAGGAAUGCCUACUCCUUCCAAAGCCAACUCGUCUUCUGCAAGAGGCACACCUGGUGCCGGUAAACUCUUGAAGAAAUCUGGAGGCGGUGAAGAAGAAAACACAGGCAGUCCCUCUACAUCUGUGACUUCGAAGGGAAAGGGAAAGGCUAAGGCUGGGAAGAAGUAG